CGCUGGGUGGCACCCGCGCGACCAAACCGCGACUGACGGACGGCCCGGUCGGAGGCGGAGAGAGCUGCGUCACAGGCGGGGAGCUGAGUUACGCCACCGUGGUGGGGGAAGGAAGGGGGGGCCCCACCGGAGCGGGGCUCCUCAGUCAGCUGGCACCGCCUUGGAGUGUGGACACCGAGCGGCGCUUAUUCUCCCCCACCAGCCGGCCGGAGCGGGUACAAGACUUUGCUAGCCACCCGGGGCGGACCAUGUGCGCUUCGACGCGGUGAAGUGUGACCCGUCGCCCGUUCGUGCGCCUUGGGCUCGGAUACGCCGACGCUACCACGCCGUCAUAGAGAGCCAUGAGCACUGUGGAGGAGGACCCGGACCACAUGAUACCAUGAAGACCAGCCUGCAGGUCCUGCGCUGCCAGCUGCUGAGUGUUCUCGCCUUGCUCGCGCUGCCAGUCAGACCGGCGUCUUCGGCGCACGAGCUUCAACCCGGCCACGCGGUCCCUCGGCAGGACUUUGUCGCCAUGGCAACCGGCACCAUCAGCACUCACCACCCGGACUGGCACCGGGAAGGCUCCAGCAGCGGCGAAUGGUCACCCAAAGCCGACGCCAUCCUUCACACCACCCGGGCCUUGGACGCGCACGGGUCCCUCAGGGAAGUCCCGGCCCACCGCACGAUCACCCUGAGGGAGGCGCCCACCGAGAAGAGCGAACCCCCCACCGAACAGCUGGUGCCGGCGGAGUCUGUCACUCCGGCAGAGGCUUCCCCGGGGAACCAAACCUCCGCUAUACCCGCUUCUCAAGAACCCAGCUUCCGUCCCACAGACAGCACGAGCAAUCACACCGCCAACGCAGGGGCGGUAUCGCUGGCGCCCCCUGGGCUGAACGCAACGUACAGCGACCGACACGGGGCGUGGUCAGUCAAUGCGUCCGCCGUCCCAGACCGCCGCUACGCAUCCACUCAGGAGACGGCAUGGACGGACGCUGCCGGUGGCGUUAGCUUCCUGAACAGGCAUGUGCCGGCCACCACGCCGGACCCUUCGGGUGUCGACAACAGCUCGGGACCCGGACUGGACUCUUCGCCGGCGUCGCGCAUCGCCGUCUGCCUGAGUCGCGUGGACAUCGUGUGGAUCGUGCUGGCUAUUAGCGUGCCUGUCUCCACGUGCUCCGUGCUGCUGACCGUGUGCUGCAUGAGACGCAGGAAGAAGGCGUCCAGCCAGGAGAACAACCUGAGCUACUGGAACAACGCCAUCACCAUGGACUACUUCAGCCGGCACGCCGUUGAGCUGCCGCGAGAGAUUCACACGCUGGAGAGCGAGGAGCACGACACUUGCCUGCCCCCAAACGGUGACUACGGCACGGGCAGCGUGGUCCUGGUCAACCCCUUCUGCCAGGAGACCCUCUUCAUCAACAGAGACAAAGCCUCGGCCAUCUAGCCUGCCCCAAAUCAGCUCUCACCUCCAGACUUUCCCGUUGCCACACACACACACACGAGCGAGCGCCGAUUUGCGUCAACACGUUCACGAGGAUGAACGGGGGCUGCAGGAGGAGGAGGCGUGCCUAUUUUUCUGCUGUACAUUUUUUACACACACACACACACACAAAAAGUGUCUCGAUUGUGAUAAUUUUUAAUGUCUUUCUAAAUACGCACUCGUUGGUUUGGUUAAAUGACCGAAGCAACUGCUUUUUGUUUUCGAUAAUCAAGAUUAAGUGACUUAUUGUAUAGUCUGUUCAACUUGAAUGUAAGCUACGUCUGCAUAAUAUACAUCGAGUGGUGCAUCUCAAUCAUUAGAACACAGUUUGAGAAAAGAAAGUUCAUUUAUUUGUCAAUUUCCGUGAAACAUUAAAGAUGCAGAUUCGCGAAACAUGGAAAGUGCGUCGGAUUGUUUCGGAUGUCAUGGAAUUUCAAAACAAAAUCAUGAGAUAUUUCACUCUGUCAUGAAAAUGAAUCAUGUUAUUCUAUUGACCGCACACAGUGGAAUAUUUCAUGGUUUCACGAUUUCCACCUUUCAAGAAAUGUGAUUUAAUCAGUAGCUUAUUCAAAUGAUUUGCGAUCAAUUUGCAUGAAUCUGCAAAUAUGAUUUUUACUUUUUUUAAUAGAACUGCUAAAAAGAGUUUUCAUGUAUUCUAAUUUAUUGAGGUGCACCUGUGUAUUGUAUUUUUUAAUUUUUUUUAGGCUUUGGAGAUGCACAUUUCCAGACAGAAGACAACAUAUGACUGCAUUUGAUUUAAAUUGGAUGUGUGUAAAUUAUGUUCAUGCCAGUUGACAUGAGCACAACUUUUUUUCCUCCCAUCACAUGCCCCAUUUGUAAAGCAAUUAUUUUUUCAAUCAGCUUUUUAAUCAUGAGCAAAUCAUUGUUUGGCUCAUUUUUGUCUUCGUGCAGGAGUCACAAAAAUAAAAUAAACAAGCAAUGCGGUAA